AUCGGACAUUGUGCUGUGUAAUAACGAAACAGUACCAUCAGCAUCGAAUUGAAACGAAGCUUGAAGUAACUUUCAAAUUUUUGAAUAAAGUUUUAUUUACGAUACGAACAAAUCACAACGCAACAGUAUGGAUAGUCAAGAAUUUCGUAUACGAGGAAAAGAAAUGAUUGAAUAUAUAUGUGAUUAUUUGGAUACAAUAAGUACACGCCGUGUUACUCCGUCCGUUGAACCAGGUUAUUUACGUGAUUUAAUACCAGAUGAAGCACCUCAAGAUCCAGAAGAUUGGGAAAAUAUAAUGACUGAUGUUGAAACAAAAAUUAUGCCAGGUGUUACACAUUGGCAACAUCCCCGUUUUCAUGCAUACUUUCCCGCGGGUAAUUCAUAUCCGUCAAUAUUAGGAGAUAUGUUAGGUGAUGCAAUCGGAUGUAUUGGAUUUUCUUGGGCUGCCAGUCCAGCGUGUACUGAAUUAGAGACAAUUGUUUUGGAUUGGUUAGGUAAAGCUAUUGGUUUACCAAAUCAUUUUUUAGCACUCUGUGAAGGCAGUCGUGGUGGAGGUGUCAUUCAGACUUCUGCAAGUGAAUGCGUACUAGUGACAAUGUUAGCCGCACGAGCACAAGCUAUAAAACGACUAAAGCAACAACAUCCUUUCGUUGAAGAAGGAUUAUUGUUAUCAAAAUUAAUGGCAUAUUGUUCCAAAGAAGCACAUUCAUGCGUCGAAAAAGCAGCAAUGAUAUGUUUUGUAAAAUUAAGGAUUCUGGAACCUGACGAAAAAGGGAGUUUACGAAGUUCUACGUUAAGCAAAGCAAUGGAAGAAGAUGAAUCAAUGGGCUUAGUACCAUUUUUUGUGUCGACAACCUUAGGCACCACUUCAUGUUGUUCCUUUGAUAAUCUUGUGGAAAUUGGCCCGGUAUGCCAACGCUUUCCAUGUAUUUGGUUGCAUGUAGAUGGCGCAUAUGCUGGUAAUGCAUUCAUAUGUCCGGAAUUAAAGCCAAUGUUGGCAGGAAUCGAAUAUGCCGAUUCGUUUAAUACAAACCCAAAUAAAUGGUUGCUGGUGAAUUUUGAUUGUUCCACAUUGUGGGUACGUGAUCGAAUACGUUUAACAUCAGCACUUGUUGUUGAUCCAUUAUAUUUACAACAUGGCUAUUCUGAUGCUGCAAUUGAUUAUCGGCAUUGGGGUGUACCAUUAAGCAGACGAUUUCGAUCACUUAAAUUAUGGUUUGUAAUGCGAAGUUAUGGGAUAUCAGGGUUACAGAAUUACAUUCGACAUCAUAUUAAAUUAGCUAAACAAUUUGAAGCGCUUGUGUUAAAAGAUAAGCGAUUUGAAGUAUGCAAUGAAGUUAAGUUAGGUUUAGUGUGUUUUCGUUUACAUGGAUCUGAUAAAUUGAACGAAAAAUUAUUAAGUAACAUUAAUGCGUCCGGAAAAAUUCAUAUGGUACCAGCUUCGGUUCGAGAUAAAUAUGUUAUACGAUUUUGUGCUGUGGCACAACAUGCUACCAGCGAAGAUAUUGAUCACGCCUGGGAGGUGAUAACUGAAUUCGCAACAGAACUUCUUGAACAAGCAGCUGAAAAAGAACAGGAAUUAGCUGAUGAUGUAUUUGACAUUGUUGAACGUAAACGUAAACAUACAUUAGCACAAAAACGUUCAUUCUUUGUACGUAUGGUCAGCGAUCCAAAAAUAUACAAUCCAACAAUAAUUAAGACAGCAAAUCGACGUCAUUUAACUGAUACUGUUGGUACACCCGGAGACAAUAUAAAUAAUGCUGUUACCAUUCAACCACCCGCAAAUUCAUCGUGGAUAAGUUGGCCUUUAGCUUUUCUAUUCCAAGGAAUGCAAGAUGACGGAUCAGCCCCGCUUAGAUUUCGUCAUUUGGAUACAAAAGUCAGAUUGAGAGCUGAAAGUCGACGAGGUAGUCGAAAUGAUUUAUCACCAGCAGUAUCACCAGAACGUGAGACUAGUAGUAGUAAAACAUCGCCAGGUAAAUCGCCAGUUUUUCCACGAAAAGAGAAUAAUCAUGUGAAUAAUAAUCAUUCACCCGAAAAAACAUCACCACCGGAAAAAUCAUCAUCGACAUCAUCUAAAUGUAAUUCAUAAAAUUUGUAUUUUACUUCCUACAAUAGUCAAAAAAAUAAUAUUUAAAAAAAAAUUACGUAAAAGUUAUUCAUUAAAACUCUACAUUUUUGUGAUUAUUGUGACUAUUAUAAUACAGUAAUAUCGUUGAAAAUAAGCCGAGUUAGAGGUUAGACCAGAGGUUCUCAAACUGAUAUCGCCUACUUCGAGAAUGAAUUA